AUGGGGCCGCUGCUCAUCCUGGUGGUGUUGUGCCUGCCAGUCUGCUCAGCGUAUCCUCUGAAUGGAGCAGUGAGGCAAGACCACCCGGGCAUGGACCUCGCUCAGCAAUAUCUAGAAAAAUACUACAGCUUUAAAAAAAAUGUGUUCAGAAGAAAAGACAGUAGUCCUGUUGUCAGUAAAAUCCGGGAGAUGCAGAAGUUCCUCGGGCUGAAGAUGACAGGAAAGCUGGACUCCAGCACUAUGGAUCUGAUGCACAAGCCCAGGUGUGGCGUUCCCGACGUCGGCGGCUUCACCACCUUUCCAGGCUCACCGAAGUGGAGGAAAAACCACAUCACCUACAGGAUUGUGAAUUACACACAGGAUUUACCAAGGGAGAGCGUGGACUCCGCCAUCGAGAGAGCCUUGCGAGUCUGGGAGGAGGUGACGCCGCUCACGUUCUCCAGGAUGUCUGAAGGGGAGGCGGACAUAAUGAUCUCCUUUGAGGUUGGAGAACACGGAGACUUUCUCCCUUUUGAUGGCCCGGGACAGAGUCUGGCUCACGCCUACCCACCUGGGCCUGGGUUUUACGGAGAUGUGCACUUUGAUGAUGAUGAGAAAUGGACACUGGGACCCUCAGGGAUCAAUUUAUUCCUGACUGCUGCUCACGAAUUCGGCCAUUCCCUGGGCCUCUAUCACUCAGACAAGAAUGAAUCCCUGAUGUACCCAAUCUACAGGGUCUCCACAAGUGCAGCCCAGUUCCACCUUUCUCAAGAUGACAUAGAUGGCAUUCAGUCCCUCUACGGUGAGCCUGAAAGACAAAAAAACCUGGGAGUGGUACCCGUGUCCUCUGUCUCUCCAAGACCUGAGACCCCAGCCAAAUGUGAUCCUGCUUUGUCCUUUGAUGCAGUCAGCACCCUAAGAGGGGAAUUCCUAUUCUUUAAAGACAGGUACUUGUGGCGCAAAUCCCGCUGGAGCCCCGAGGCUGAGCUUCACUUGAUUUCAGCGUUUUGGCCCUCGCUUCCUUCCAGUUUAGACGCAGCCUAUGAAGCUCGUAACAAGGAUAGCGUCUUGAUUUUUAAAGGAGGUCAGUUCUGGGCAGUCCGAGGAAAUGAGGUCCAAGCAGGUUACCCAAAAAGGAUCCAUACUCUUGGGUUUCCUCCCUCUGUGAAGAAGAUUGACGCAGCUGUUUUUGAAGAGGAGAAAAAGAAGACGUACUUCUUUGUCGGGGACAAAUAUUGGAGAUUCGAUGAGACAAGACAUAUUAUGGAUAAAGGCUUCCCACGGCUGAUAAGGGAUGACUUUCCAGGAAUUGAGCCACAGGUUGAUGCUGUACUGCAGGCAUUUGGGUAUUUUUAUUUCUUCCAUGGAUCAACACAGUAUGAGUUUGACCCCAAUGCCAGGACGGUGACACACAUGCUGAAGAGUAACAGCUGGCUGCUGUGCUGA